AUGAGAAAGUCGCAAGAAAAAACGCUCGCGUUUAGAGAAGUCAGUGAGAAAACUUUGUUUGACAUAUCUGCAUGCAAGUGUGGUGAAGAUUUUGAUAAUUGUUUUUGUAAAAACAAAGUGCCUAAAAGAGAAAGAGAUUUUUUAACCGACCAAAGAACAGUGCGUAAGAUGAUAAUUGGCAAUACAGAUAAAAAAAUUAGUCAAAGUCUACAGAAAAGUCUGGCGAGAAAAGCCAAAGAAGAAGCCAGAUUGUCGAAGAUUGAAGGUCCUUGUGUAAAAAAACAGAAAUGUGACAACCUGGCUUUCGAUGAAGUUGAAGAAGUUGAAGAAAUAAAACAAAUCAAUUUUCCACCUGACUCUUCAGAAGAGUAUAAACCAUCCACACCAAGCCAGCUUAGAAGACCUUCUCCAUCAAAUUUUAGAAAAAGUGUUAAAUUGCCUAACUUAGCCCAAGCGUGUGAUCGAACUGGAAUAUCCGAUCGAUCGGCUUCACUGCUAGUCAACGCUGUUCUCCAAGAUUUGCAAAUAAUAACAAAAACAAAUUCAUCUCAAAUAGUGGAUAGAAGUAAAAUUAGGCGCGAACGAACAAAAAGAAGAGCCCAUCUUCAAAAUAAGUCUUUCAAUGAAUUCACAGCUGUUCGUGGACUUUAUUUCGACGGGAGAAAAGAUAAAACAAUUCAACAAGAUAAAAAAGGCACAAAAUAUUACAGAAGCACUGUAACAGAAGAGCAUGUUGUUUUACUUUCCGAACCUGGUUCACUUUUCUUAGGUCAUGUGUCACCAAUGUCAGGAAGUGCUAAAAAUAUAACACUAAGUAUAAAAACAUUUUUAAAAGAUGCUGAUUCAAAUAUUAAUGAGUUGAAAGCUAUUGGGUGCGAUGGCACGGUUAUAAAUACAGGGUUAACUAAUGGUGUUAUAAGGCAACUAGAAUUGUUCAUAGGUCGUCCAUUACAAUGGCACAUUUGCUUGCUGCACACCAAUGAAUUGCCUCUUCGCCAUUUAAUUCAAUUCCUAGAUGGAAAAACAAGCAAUCCAAGAUGCUUCUUCUGGUGA